UAAUCCCAUUCCGUGGCCUGUCCAAGAUCUUUUUUCUAACUUUCUAGCUGCACUGAGAAAUUUCUCGUAGGAGAGAGAAUUUUCUAGCCACUAAUUAUUAUCAUUUUUCCUUUCUCUACUUCUAAUUUUAGAAAGUGUUCGCCAUGUUGGGAGUUUUCAGCAGCUCGGUCGUUUCGCCGCCUGACGAGCUGGUGGCCGCCGGGAGCAGGACUCCCUCGCCUAAGAUCACGGCGACGGCGCUGGUGAACCGGUUCAUUGAGAACAACGCCUCCGCUGUGUCUAUGCAAGUCGGUGACCAAGCCCAGCUCGCCUUCACUCAUCACAAUGAGUCUGCCUUGCAACCAAGGUCAUUUGCUGUGAAGGAUGAAAUAUUCUGCUUGUUCGAAGGAGCACUAGACAACCUGGGGAGUCUGAGACAGCAAUAUGGGCUUGCCAAGUCUGCAAAUGAAGUGGUUUUGGUCAUUGAGGCUUACAAGGCACUGCGUGAUCGGGCACCAUACCCUGCUAACCAUGUAGUUGGCCACUUAAAUGGAAGCUUUGCUUUCAUAGUUUUUGACAAGUCCACCUCCACAUUGUUUGUGGCUUCUGACCAAUUUGGUAAGGUUCCUCUUUAUUGGGGAAUCACUGCGGAUGGAUAUGUGGCUUUUGCUGACGACGCUGAAUUGCUCAAGGGUGCUUGUGGCAAGUCACUUGCUUCAUUCCCUCAAGGAUGUUUCUUCUCUACAACUUUGGGAGGGCUGAGAAGUUUUGAGAAUCCUAAGAACAAAAUCACUGCUGUGCCUGCUAAUGAUGAAGAGAUCUGGGGAGCAAAAUAUAAGGUGGAAGGGCCAGCAGUUCUUGCAGCCACAAAGUAGAAAAGUCUUCCUUGAAGAAAUGGGACACCAUAUGAGGACCAUGUGCUUUUUUAUAUUUAUAUGGUUGAGAUUUGCGAGGAAGACAUGUAAAUACCUGAAGCUUUAGCUGUUGGUAGGGUGGAUUACUGUGUGACUGAAAAUAGCUUUGCUUUCUUUUCUUCUUCUGUAGUUUGCUUCCUAAAUUGGGCUUUUACUCUUCAUGAUUUUCUAGUCUUUUACCAUUGUACAGCUACGCUUUCUCUUGUCUAAUAAAAAUGUCUGUAUGAGGGUUUGUAGAAGCAAA